AAACAGAAAAUGGGCAAAGCCUUACCUUGAUAAACUUCUAUCGAGGUUAACCCAGCUCCCCAAACUCUUCCUUGAAGCUUCAAAGUUCCAGACUUCCACAACCUCACAAAACCCAAAAUAAAACGAAAAUCAAUCGGGGCUUUCUGUCCAAUAUCGAAAUUAGAUUAAUUUUGGCAUUUUGCAGCGGAAAGCGAGAGUCUCAUGUUCUGCUACUUUAAUAUUGGACUGGACUCAAAGGAUUUGUGCGAUCUCUGAACAAUUCGAGGCGUUUUGCUCUGAUUUACUUUGCUCCUUUGAUGCCUACUCUGGUGAAGAAUUGAAUGUUUGAACUCGCGUUAGAAUAUGACACUCGUGAGAGAAAUUAAGGAAACCGUUUAAUUCUGAAUAUUCUAUGGAGCACAACAGGAUUGGUGUUGAUCCAGAACUUCAUGAGAAACCAAACACAUUCUGGACACAGUGCCAUAUAUGUUCAGCGAAGUUUCAAUACGACCGAGGGUUUGUGAAUCGGGUGAUCCGUUGUCAAAGAUGCUAUAACAUAUUUGAUGCUCGUGAAUUGGAAGGUGUUCAUCAAGAAUCUCUCAGGAAUCAAUUUCCUAAUCAUAAAGAGCUUCCAAAACAGUGUCCUCAGUCACAAGAACCCCCAAAUACAUUCUGGACACAGUGCCCUUCUUGUUCUGCAAAAUUUCGAUACUGCAGGGACACUCUAGGUCUGUUGCUUAGUUGUCGAAUCUGCCGGAAAGCAUUUGAGCCUCAUGAAUUGAAGAAAGAUGUUCAUCCAGCUGCUGAUUUUAGUGGGGCUUCCAACUGUGAAAAGAGAGAUGUCUUGCAUGGGGUCGCACUGGGGAAACAUGGUGUUGAAACGUUAGAAUCUGAUUCAAUCCAGUCCAAAUGUACAGGAUCUUCGAGACAUAUGAACAAAAAAAUAGGGAAUUCUGAAUCUGGUUACUGUUUGAAGUGUGAAAGAAGAGCUGGCAGUGAUCCUGAACUCAGUGGAGGACACUGUAAGAAAUAUCGAAGCAAAAGGCAGAAUCCUUCAUCGAUUUUAUAUGAUGAUGAUGACUUUGUGCGACCCCUCAAAAGUUUGAGGAAGGGUCAAUUUUCUGGUGCUGCUAAGAAGAAGAGGAAUAUUGCAGCCGCUGGUGUGCACAAGAAAGGGGCACGAAAAAAUGUUGGAUUCCCUGUGGGUAAAAAUUUGCAAAACAAGAAAACAGAAGAUUUUGAGGAAAUUGAGGUUCCUGAUCCUCAAUUUCAUAAGUUUGUAGUUGAUGCAGAUAGGUUAGCAAGUCUUUGUGAAGCUAAUCAAAUAUGGGCUCUUUACGAUCCAGCAGAUGGGAUGCCGAGAUGGUAUGUUUUUGUCGAGAAGGUCUUAACCACUGAAUUUAAGCUGAGAAUCAGAUGGCUGGAUGCCGAUCCAGAUGACCAUGGUGAGAUUAAUUGGUCUAAAAAGCAGUUACCAGUUGCUUGUGGUAAGUUCAGACUUCGAGAGACUGAAGAAAUUACAGAUCACCUUAGUUUUUCUCAUAAGAUGCAGUACACAAAGGGGAGUCGUACAACCUCUGUUUUGGUAUAUCCUAGGAGGGGAGAAACUUGGGCCAUCUACCAGAAUUGGGAUAUUGGAUGGAGUUCUGAGCCGGAAACUUACAAAUAUGAAUUUGUUGAAGUUCUGUCAGAUUUUGUGGAAGGUGUUGGAAUUGCAGUUACUUAUUUAGGCAAAGUAAAAGGAUUUGUCAGUUUAUUUCAGCAAACUGAGCAGCAGGGGUUUCAAGUACCGCCUGCUGAGCUAUAUAGAUUUUCUCAUCGCAUUCCCUCUUUCAAGAUGACUGGUCAUGAAGGAUGUGGUGUUCCCUCAGGAUCCUUUGAGCUAGAUCCUGCUGCUUUGCCCGGCGAUGUUUUGGUUCGUGACGUUGAUGAUAUGGAUAUAGAUAACUGAUCGAAGGAAGUAUGGUGAUCCUAGUGAUAUUUCUGGUGAAUUUGCAGAAAGGAUAGUUUUGUAGGUGCAUGCACUGGUAUGAAACAGGAGAGUAUGUGGAUUCUAAAUGUGAAUUCAAAGAAAGUGAAGUGCACAGAAAAACAACUCGCAGUAGAAGCAUCACAAGAUCGACUUUCAGUCUUAGAAUAACAGUGUCAGUCUAAUGUAGCUAUGCAGUGUCCAGAUACAGCCAAUUUAUAUUUGUAGAAUGUAGAUAUUGACUAUUGAUGAUUAAAACUAUGUCAUCUUCCUUGGUCUAAAUAUUAACCAGUAGCCAGUGUAAUGUCACUAUGACAGGAUGUUUUCACACGUUUCAGUUUAGAGUUGUUGUACAUGGAAUCUGUCUUGAUGCUUUCUGUUUGAUUUGUUUCUAGCUUCCAUC